CUGUUUUUCAACAAAGAAUAUAUCUUACAAGUAGUGUUAACAUUUAAUUAGUAUAUCAAAUUAAUUGUAUAUAUAUAAGUGAUUUUUAAUAAGACUAGACGUAGAGGUUAGAGAAUGUCAAAAUUGAAUCUGGACGGAUUCUUUUCUUACUGCAAGCAAAUUGCAGGACAGAUACAGUUGGGAGAGAGGAUGGCAGCGCUGUCGGGUCAAGGGACUCCCAAGCUGACUUCGGCAGUGGGGAACCUCUACUAUGAUUCGAUUCUCCCCUACCGCGAGGAUGCGAACGCGCAAACCCGGGAAUUCCUGGCUCGAGUGGUCGACGUACUUUUGGACUACGUUCAGCAGGUCAAUGACCGCAACGAGAAGAUCCUGGAGUUCAAAAUGCCGGAGGAGAUGGAGAAGCUGCUGGACCUGCAACUCCGCGACGAGCCGCUCCCCCUGAAGCAGCUGCUGGAGGACUGCAAGACCACGCUCAAACACCAGGUCAAGACCGGUCACCCCCACUUCUUCAACCAGCUCUCCUCGGGCCUCGACAUCAUCUCUUUGGCCGGGGAAUGGCUGACGGCUGCCGCCAACACCAACAUGUUUACUUACGAGAUCGCGCCGGUCUUCAUUCUGAUGGAGAAUGUGGUUCUCCACAAGAUGAGGGAGAUCAUCGGGUGGAACUGCGGCGACUCAAUCCUGGCUCCAGGUGGUUCCGUGUCCAACUUGUACGCGUUCCUGGCCGCCCGCCACCACAAGUUCCCCCAGUACAAGGAGAAGGGUCUCACCAGCAUACCUGGUCAUCUAGUCAUGUUCACUUCUGAUCAGUGCCACUACUCUGUGAAAUCGUGCGCGUCAGUCUGCGGUCUGGGGACCGACUACUGCAUCUGCGUGCCGUCGGAUGAGCGCGGGCGCAUGAUCCCCGCUGAGCUGGAGAGACUCGUGAGAUACCACAAGGACAGGGGAGACGUCCCAUUCUUCGUGAACGCCACCUCUGGCACCACGGUGCUGGGGGCGUUCGACCCGCUGGUCGACAUCGCUGACAUCUGUCAGAAGUAUGACAUGUGGAUGCAUGUUGAUGCUGCUUGGGGCGGAGGCCUGCUGUUCUCCAAGAAGUACCGACACCCUCGGCUCACUGGCAUUGAGAGGGCUGACUCCGUCACCUGGAACCCCCACAAGCUGAUGGGCACCCUGCUGCAAUGCUCGACGGUCCACUUCAAGUAUGAGGGGAUUCUGCUGUCCUGCAACGCGAUGUCGGCGGAAUACCUGUUCAUGACCGACAAAAUUUAUGACCCCCGUUACGACACCGGCGACAAGGUCAUACAGUGCGGCCGACACAAUGACAUCUUCAAGCUGUGGCUUCAGUGGAGGGGCAAGGGCACCUCCGGCUUCGAACGCCUAAUGGACCGUCUGAUGGAGCUCUCUGAGUACAUGGUGCGCCGCAUCAAGGAGCAACCCGACAAGUUCUACCUGAUCCUGGAGCCGGAGCUGGUUAAUGUGUCGUUUUGGUAUCUGCCGAAGCAACUGAGGAAUCUGCCUCACGAUCGCAACAAGGAGAUUAAGCUGGGGAAGGUGUGCGCCAAACUGAAAGGUAAGAUGAUGCAAUCCGGUACCAUCAUGGUGGGCUACCAGCCCGACGACCGCCGCCCCAACUUCUUCCGCAACAUCAUAUCCUCAGCGGCCGUCACUGAGAAGGAUGUAGACUUCCUCCUCUCGGAGAUGGACCGCCUGGGUCAGGAUAUAGUUGUGGAUUAAAUUACUUUCGAGGCGAUGUAAGAACGUUUUGUUUUGUCUAUUCAACUUUUUUUUUAUUGGUUGGAUAAUUAAGUUGUUUAAGCAUCAUUAAGUAUUAUAAAGUUCGUAUAUUUUUCUCUGUGUCUGUAUGUGUGAACCAAUCUCGGAGUUGUGGACUGUUUGAAAUUAUGGUAAGAGGGUUUUCUGAGCAAGGUUUAAAUCUAUAAAUGCUACCCGUGCGAAGCUGAGGCCGAUCGCUAGUCUAUUAUAAAUUAUAGUACAUUUCAAAUAUAACUAAUAAUAAUUGUCAUAUCUUUUGGUUUCACAACAUCGGUUGACAUCGUAUAA